CUGGCUCUCCUCGCCAUGGGCUUCAUGUUCCGACCGAUGUACUCCAACGAGUGGGACGCGAAGGAGAUCUCUUUCCAGGAGUUCAAGACGGCGCUCCUGGAGCGCGGGUUGGUGGAUCGGGUUGAGGUGAGCAACAAGACGCAGGCCAAGGUUUACGUCACGCAGGCGCCCAGAGCUCCGGGAACGAGCCCCAAGCCCGCCGGUUCUUUCUCCAGGGAGGCCGGCAACGGCGCACAGCUGAGGUACUACUUCAACAUCGGCUCGCUCGACUCGUUCGAACGGAGGAUGGAGGAGGCUCAGGACGCGAUGGGGGUGGACCCGCACGAGUUUGUUCCGGUGACCUACCUGAACGAGGUGGCGUGGGGCACCGAGCUCGCGCGACUGGCGCCCACCCUCCUUCUGCUCGCCGGGUUCGUGUUUCUGAACCGGAGGAUGGGCGGCAUGCCCGGCAUGGGCGGGCCGGGCGGCGGCGGGCCGGGCGGCGGCAUCUUCAACGUGGGCAAGGCUUCCGUCACCACCCUCGACAAGAACGCCAAACACAAGAUCAUGUUCAAGGACGUCGCCGGCUGCGACGAGGCCAAGGCCGAGAUCAUGGAGUUUGUCGAUUUCCUCAAGAAGCCCAAGAAAUACGAGGACCUCGGCGCGAAGAUCCCUCGAGGCGCGCUGCUGGUCGGCCCCCCGGGGACGGGCAAGACGCUCCUCGCCAAGGCUACGGCGGGCGAGUCUGGGGUUCCGUUUCUGUCCAUAUCUGGCUCUGACUUCAUGGAGAUGUUCGUGGGCGUGGGCCCGAGCCGCGUCCGCGAUCUCUUCGCACAGGCCAGGAGCCAGGCGCCGAGCAUCAUCUUCAUCGACGAGAUUGACGCCAUCGGUCGCCAGCGCGGGCGCGGCGGGAUGAUGGGCGGGAACGACGAGAGGGAAAACACGCUGAACCAGCUCCUCGUGGAGAUGGACGGUUUCGGGAGCAAGGAGGGCGUGGUGGUGCUCGCGGGCACCAACCGACCGGAUAUCCUCGACCGCGCGCUGCUCCGCCCUGGUCGGUUCGAUAGGCAGAUCAACGUCGACCGCCCCGACAUCAAGGGCCGCGAGCAGAUCUUCCAGGUGCACCUGCAGAAGAUCAAGCUCGACGCGCCGAUUGAUCACUACAGCGAGAGGCUGGCCGCUCUCACUCCGGGUUUCAGCGGCGCCGACAUCGCCAACGUGGUGAACGAAGCGGCGCUCGUCGCGGCGAGGACCAACGACACCUCGGUCACCCUCAAGCACUUUGAAUCCGCCGCCGACCGCGUCAUUGCGGGACUCGAGAAGAAGAACAAGGUUGUCAACAAGGUUGAGAGAAACACCGUGGCGUACCACGAGGCUGGCCACGCCGUGGUCGGGUGGUUCCUCGAGCACGCGGAACCCCUGUUGAAGGUUUCCAUCGUGCCGAGGGGCUCCGCGGCGCUCGGCUUUGCACAGUACCUCCCCAACGAGAACCUCCUCGCCACAACGCAGCAGCUGACGGAUAUGAUGUGCAUGACGCUGGGCGGUCGGGCCGCUGAGGAGGUGAUGCUCGGUAAGAUCAGCACCGGCGCGCAGAACGACCUGGAGAAAGUGACCAAGAUGGCAUACAACCGCGUGGCCGUCUACGGGAUGAACGAGAAGGUUGGCAUGCUCUCCUUCCCGUCAGAUGACCAACAGUUCCAGAAGCCGUACUCGCAGGACACUGCACGGAUGAUCGACGAGGAGGUUCGCGAGCUGGUGGAUCAAGCGUACAAGCGCACAGUGGCGCUCGUCAAGGAAAAGAAGGAGGCUGUCGAGGCGCUCGCGCAGGGUUUGCUGGAGCGUGAGGUGCUGCAGAGGCACGACCUCGUCAAGAUUCUCGGCGACAGGCCGUUCAAGUACGAGGGGCAGCAGAACAUCGACAUAUUGAACGAGGGUUUCAAGAUGCCGGAGCUGAAGACAACCGCGGAGGACGACGCUAAGGAAGACGUUGCGGCCGAGGGCGGCGCGAACGGGGGCACCGGCGGCGAUUCGAAGAAGGUGGACGAGGUUCCCGCGGGUGCAAUCCCAGUCGCCUCGUAAAGAGCGGGCGCCGAAUGUGUACCAUCAUUGAUCUCGGGACUGCGGAGUUUCCUCGCGCCAGUCUGUAAUUAUCGUCAAUCUUGAUUCGUUU